AUGGGCAGCCUGGGCAUUCCGAUUGAUGUACGAGUGGACGUCUUUGAGAGAAAAAAGAUACGCGAAGCUCAAAUGUCGGAGAAAUUUAAGAAAAUUUGCUUCUCGGAUAUGAGGAGAAUCAAAGCUCUCGCCUCUACUGGUUACCGGAGUGAAGGAGAUGCCGCCCUUUGGCUACUUUCGCACUUAGAUGAUCCUCUCCUGGAUGAACCCUUUUACCGGGAAUUCUACUUAUUUUUGUGUGUCCGUUCCGAUUUGGCCCAAAAUAUUUCGGACUUCUGGCUUGCGAGUUCUGGCAGUGAGGGUUGGAAUUACGCACACGAAUUUCCUCCGCACAUCACACUCCUGUCGAACCUGAGGGUCUCUGACGAUAAAGUUCUCCUGCUCCAUGGUAUCUAUGACAAAAUAAUUCAAGAACAUUCACACGUGCUGAAAUUCGACGAAGUUCCGCUUAAGCUCGUGACUUCCGAUGACUUUAUUGGGUACAUUGUCUCGAGUGACAAAGUCAACGCGAGUCUGGAAAAGCUUUGUCGUGUGUUUUUGCAGGAGCUUCUGAAUGCUGGCAUAAUAUCUGAUGAUGAUCCUAUGCGAAGGUGUAAAUCCAAUUACCAUAUGUCUCUUGCCUACGGCUUUCAGUUAGCCAAUCGAAGCAAUCUUGGGGACCUUCAGGACUCUUACAAUAUGAAAUCUCAGCUUUUAGUUUCGUGGACGUUGGAUCUGUUUUCUGGUGACCCAAGAUUAUCCACUCCUGACUCUGAGCUCUACGAGACGCGAACUACGGUGGAAGUGGAUGACGUGUUAUUUUCAAACCUUUCCCUGGAGGACAAUCCUCAAACGGAUAGCUCCCCACCUCAACUCACUCCCUCCUCACCAGAAAUGGGCCAAAUGAUCGUGGGGUGCCACUUGUCCUCCUCUGCCUCUUCUGUGGGAGCGGGUCGAACGCCAGAUUCAGACAGUCUGCAGCCAUCAAUCCACACUCCGUUCAAUGAGGUACCUGCUUUGGCUGAUUGUCCACAUCUUCCCAACACACUGGCACACUCAGCUGGCGACAAAGUUCUCUUUGUUGGAUCGUGCAACUUGAACGGUCGAUAUGGGGUCCCGGUGGGUGUCAAUCUCACUUCGGGGCUGACGGGGGUAUUCAGUCUUGCCUCGGCCCGUAGGAUUCCUAAGUGGCAUGCCUGGGUCACGCAUAGGUCUACAGUGGUCAUUGGAUGUCAGGAGGAUAGUCUUACAGCGGAGCUUUGCAACACCUUUGUGGCGCCGUCUAGGAUCCCGGCAUCUUUUUCUGCACCAGCGGAUUUUUGCGAGCCACUAGCAGUAUUGGACAAUGAGACCCGCACUUCCUCUCUGGCCGUCGGUGUCAACGUUGGUAGUAGUAGUAGUAGUGGGUUUUGUUCCAAACUUCUCCCUCGCAGUUGCCGUCGCAAAUCCGCUUCUUCGAAUUCUUCCUCCCCCUCUUCUUCCCCCUCGGCCCUCCAGACCUCCGUCGCCGUCGGAUCGAAGUCGGGUGUUAAAACACCCCCUCCAACUGCCACCGGGUCCUCCUCAAUCUUUGGCUCGCGAUUCUUUGGAAGUCUCCUUUCUGGUGCCAGUAAUGGCAGUGGCAGCCUACAGCAACAGCCACAGAAGCCUCAACGGCGUCUCUUUGUCAUGCGACACGCUGAACGGGUUGAUAUCUGCUUUGGGCGGGCCUGGACCACUCGUUGCAUCGACAGGCGAGGUCUCUACCGUCGGCUGAACCUCAACAUGCCACCUCGGCUGCCUGUGCGAGAGGACAUCAUCGACCACACUCUGGACUCUCCACUAACCCAAGUUGGCCUCUUUGUUGCUGGCGCCUGUGGUCGCGCCUUCGCCGAAGCCGGUGUCCGCUUCUCUGUUUGCUACGUCUCACCCGCCCUGCGCUGCGUUCAGACGGCGUGCCAGUUGCUGCGAGCUGCUGGACAGUGCAAUCUUGCUGUUCGAAUUGAGCCCCUCCUAUUCGAGUGGUUGGGAUGGUACUCGGGCAAAUUGCCAAACUUCCUGUCACCCGCGAUGCUCACCGAAUUGGGCUACAAUGUGGACAGGGAGUGUCAGGCUCUCUCCUCUCUCAAUCAGCUUGAUCUGCAAGAAAGCAUACCCCAAUUCUACGCACGCUCUACUCAAAUAGUCAAGGACAUUCUUGAGCAUAACCCAAUCAAAGGCCACUUAGCCGAUCCACUUAGAACCAAGUCUCCUUUGAAGCAUCAACAAAAGGGUGUCGCCCUUGUCCUGCUGCGUCUGAUGUGCUCUCCAGUUCCCUACUGCGGUCUCCUCUGCGCUGUGGAGGGGGGCCGUCGUUGGCGCUUGGACGAACCGCCUAUACCCCCCCUAACCCAUGGACAAAAUGCCGACUUUGAUUGGCGUCAGUCGUAUAGCUCUUCUAUCUGCAGUCUUGGUAUCAGAUAG